AUGGCGGCCAAGUACGCUGCGCAGGACCUUUCCGACGCGGCACUAGGAGGUCCAAUUGGCCUUAAAGAUGGCUACUUUGUCGACAACUACGGUCGCACUCUCACGCUACACGGCCUCAACAUCUCUGGUGCCAGCAAGCUGCCCACGACGCCCAAUGGCCUGUCUCAUCUCACCGACGGCUUCUUCGAGCACCGCACAGUGACCUUCAUCGGCCGGCCACGGCUGCAGGCUUGGGGCUUGCCGCUGAUACGACUGCUUGUUACGUGGGAAUCGAUUGGACACUCCGGGCCGGACCCGGAGACCGAUGUUGAUCUAGAGUACAUCGACUACCUGCGCCAGCUAAUUGAGACCAUGCCGAAAUAUGGCGUCAAGUGCUUCAUCUGCGCUCACCAGGACGUAUGGAGCCGCUUCAGUGGUGGCAGCGGUGCACCCGGUUGGACAUUUGAGGUUGCUGGGCUCGACGUCGAAGCGUUCACCGAGACUGGUGCCGCAUAUGUGCAUGGGCAGGAUGAGCUGAGGAGAGCCACUGCGCCUGUGAAUGAGAAGGAACCGAGCGGUCCGUUUGUGUGGCCGUCUGGGUACCAGAAAAUUGCGGCGUCGACGAUGGCGACGUUGUUUUGGGCCGGCGACGCUCUGGCGCCGAAGCUGCAAUGCAAGCGGUCGAAAGAUGGCAGGGAUGAGACUCCGUUGAAUGAGCCGCAUCGAGGUCUUGUCAAUCUUCAUGGGUUCGAUGGUUGGAACUACGAUACCGACCUUCACAUCGGAUAUUACCCGUCCUUGACACAAGCGCUCGCACUUGCCAGUGGCUACGCUCAAGAGGUCAAUUACUACGUCAAGUCUUGGCCGUUCCCUACUCGGAUUUCCCACAAAACUGUUGUCGAUCCAAAGGGAAGAUCUGCCUGGCUGGUGGCUAAGCCAACUGCAUCGAAACCACAGAACUAUGGUCUUGGCGAAUGUGUAUGGCGCGCUCACGGCGUCUGGGAAUGGGACGAAGCGAAAAAGGGCCCAAAGGUCCUGCAGCAAGACUACUUUGAGGUGGACCAUCGGCCAGGUCGUGAAGGCAAGCCGCUGGAGUGGUACCGCGACUUCUACGGUCCCUUCCUCAAGCGCUUCUCGGAACGUGUCUCACGGAAAUCGCCCCGCCAGUUCUGCUUCUUUGAGCCGAUACCGAACGAGUUUGUGCCACCUUGGAUCGGCCAGGACGGCAAGGUGGACGAAGCCGGACAGAAGCAGACAUACGCAACCAAGACAAUCAUCGACACACCGAGGCCAGAAAAUCUCGUCUUUGCUCCUCAUUUCUACGACCUCAAUGUACUAUUCAGCAAGCAUCACUCAUGGAUGAGCGUGAACGUACAAGGCCUCUCCAGGGGCAUGUUCAUCUUGAAGGCACUCUACUUCGGCGCCAAGGCGCUUCGACAAAAUUACCGCACGCAGCUCGCCAACAUCCUCAAGUACGGGCAAAAGUCGCUAGGAACCCACGUGCCCGCCCUCAUUGGCGAGGUUGGCAUACCCUACGACAUCAACGGCGGCGAGGCGUUUAAGACGGGCAACUACGAUAAGCUGCGGGAGCUGAUGCAUGCGCUUGUCUCUGCCAUGGAGGAUAACAACCUCGCCUUUACGCUGUGGAAUUAUAACCCUGAUAAUCGAGUGGAGUACGGCGAUGGGUGGAACAAGGAGGAUUUCUCUGUCGUUAACGGCGACAGUGAAGCGAAGCCGGGCCACAUUUUGCCAGAUUAUGCAAACGAGGCGCAUGAGGAUGAUGAGCUGUACCGCGGUGGGAGGGUGUUGGACGUGAUUAUUCGUCCUUACGCCGUCAAGACUGCAGGUCGCCCCGUUCGCUCGGACUGGGACCCGCGGACCCUCCACUACGAGUUCGAGUGGACGUCAGAGGCCGAACGUGGCGCCACAAACAGCAAAAGUCAACCCGAAAAGUCCCGUACGACGGAGAUAUUUGUGCCAAAGUACCACUACGCGCAGCGCAACAUCGACAUCAAGGUCAGCGACGGAGAGUGGUCGUAUGAGCCGGAUCUAGCGACGUUGUACGUGCAACAUGACGGAAGCAAGAGCACGCACCGCUUGACGAUUGAUAUUACGAAUAUUCCGAGGCAUUUGAUGGAGACUGUUGAGAGAAGGCGGCGGGCGUUCCCGCCUAGUUUCCCGUUGAGUCUUGUCUCUCCUAGCACGGAGCUUGCGAUUGAGGAGUUGAUGAUGCCGAUGUUGUUGCCCGGAUUGCUUGUCAUUUUGCUGGCUAUUGUGACGAUGUUUGUCUAA